AGCUCCGCCUGCAGGGGGGCAUGCACCCUACGUGUAGACCCGGGCAGCGCUUUUUCUAUUUGGGUUGACGUCGGUGCUUUCACAUGGCGCGCCGUGUAUGACAGAUUCAACGUAGCAUCGCCCAUCGUAAUCAUCCGUGUCGGUGUCAUAUUGGUUCGAGUGAGCUGGAUCAGCUCGCGGAGAGGGGACCAUGGUGCUGAUUGAGGAGAUAGAGGAGACACCACCGACCAAGCAAGGUUGCGCUUACUGCAGCGAGCCAGGGAGCUCGAAAGUUUGUUCUUUAUGCCGAGAGGUAUCGUAUUGCUCCAAGGGUUGCCAACAGGUUCAUUGGAAGGUGCACCGCAAGGAGUGCACCAGAAAGUAUGAGCCUAAACCAAAGGACCCGCCGAAGAUCGAGAACCCGUGCGUCCGCUGUGGGAAGCAGGGUAUUUUGGAGAGCAGUGGGAGUUGGUAUUGCUCACAUGACUGCUGCAGCGGCAACGUGAAUGACCUGACCGCCAAGAUUAAACAGUUAAACGCCCAGAGAGUGGAGCACGAGGCGAGGCAGAACCGCGAGGCGAAGGAGAGCGAAGCGGCAAAGGAGUUUUCCCGCAUUAAGGAUUUCAUCGCCUCGUCGUGCUCUUCUCCUGCGCCGAGCGUCAAGCCUGUGGAGGAGCUCCGGCCCCAGGCGAAUGACCCCAACGAGCACAUCAGGAGACUGAUCGAGAGUCAGAACAAGAGGGCGGGCGGCGCCUACGAGCCGCCGCCUCGGCCGGAGGACGAGGCGGCCAAGAGAGGCGGCGCGGAGGGCAGCGGGGGUGCCGGCGCCCCCGCGGCGCAGCCUCGGCACGAGCACGGCGCUCGGGAGGCCGCGAGGGCGAAGGAGCCCAAGUGCCCUGUGCUCCAGAAGAUGGAGGAGCACCAGGAGGCGAUCCGGAACCUGGAGAAGGCCAAGCAGGAGCACCAGAGGUUCACGGAGUGGGUGCAGUGGGCCCAAGGAGAGAUUCAGAAGAAGAAGGCGGACGAGGACGACGAUGGCGCUUAGGGCAGCCUCCGUGGAGAGCGGCUGCCUUUCAAUAGUGUUGUUUUCUGGCAAUCCUGGCGAUUUUGCCCCCUUGCCUCGGCCGAAUCGCGACCCGCUUGAGGGCAAGUUUGCCCUCCUCUUUUUCGAUGGCACCCGCCGCGCCCGCCCCGUCCGGCGGACGUAGGCGCGCGGGGCCCGUCGGCGUCGGUGCUGCACAGCGCCUCCCGCCCCCGACCUCCCCCCUCGCAGCUCCCGCACCUCCCCGCACCGCCCACCACAGCACCCCUCGUAUCCCCGCCCCACCCCCUCCUUCGCUCUUCCGAUCAGGCCGAGCACAGGCAGGAAAAAGCCGGUGCACGGGCGCAAGCGCCAGCGCGCUGAUGUGUGUGGCCUUCCUCUCCGUUGUCGCCCCAUCGUUCGUUCCCCCCUUGGUGCUCGUGCCCUCGUCGUCGUCCCCAGACCCCCUCGCGCUGUGA